AGAUGCAGAUGCCAAUGCGGCCGUCGGUGCUUGGAAUGCCCGAGCUUCAUCACCAGCAACACCACCACCAUCAACCUUUGGUCGACCACUCUGCUGCAUUCAUUCACUCUCAUCAGCAGCAACAACAUCACCAUCAUCAACCUUCACCGCCCCAACACACGCCUGCAGUCAUGGCGUACUCGCAGUCGGAAGACGAAAUGGCUCAGCUCCAGAAGUUGUCAGCUGAAUUCCAGCCUGAAGUGACCUACUCUCACUAUCGUACAACUCGUGGCGAUGGAAGAUGUGGUUGGAGAGCCGUUGCCUUCGGCUACUUCGAGAACCUUUUCCGCGUAGGUGACAGAACCAAGUUCUUGGAGGAGGAAACUCGUCUCAAGUCUUUGGGCAAUGUCAUCAACAUGGCUGGCUACAGUCAGUUCAUCUGGGAAGACUUUGCCGAUGAAAUUUACGCCCUGCUUCGCAAAUGCAUGUCGGCCGAUUCAGCCAACUCUGAGGCUUUCUUGCUCGAACAUUUCAACAACGAAGAAAUCCAGAACCAGAUCAUCACAUAUCUCAAGGUGCGUGAUACGAUGUUCAGAUCGAAUGUUCAUAUGCUCACUUCAACAGNNACUCUCACCUCGGCCUGGAUGAAAACUCGCGCCAAUGACUACGCUCCCUUUGUGCUUCCUCAUACUGUCCCUAGUUACUGCGACGCCAACAUUGAUCCUCACCAGAUUGAGAUCGAUCACCCUGGAAUGCAAGCUCUCACUGAUGUUUUACUGAAGCCUGCUGGUAUCGCUCUCGAGGUCAUCUAUCUCGAUCGCAGCGCUGGCACUGAGGUCAACGCGCACCAAUUUGCACCUAGCCUUACGCAUGCUCACACUAUUCGUCUCCUUUACAGACCCCAGCCUAUCUCCGUGCCGACAUACCUGCAAUCCUCUCUUCACCACUAUGAGGAGCCUGUCAUGGACCUCGGCAUGUCCGACUUCAUGACAAUGAUUCCUGGCAUGUCCUUGCUGUCUAACCAGUCUAACUGGAUGUCCAACCAGUUCUAUGGCGUUUCUGACUAUGCCGCUCCCACUGCUGCCGUGCCACCCCCACCUGCGCCAGCGGCUGCACCGAUGCCUGUUCAGCACCACGCACCUCCACCGGUCGUCCCCGUUGCCACUCCAGCCUAUGUGCCUGCAACCCAGACCCCCUCGCCUUCCUCUACAGCCGAUUACACCUUUUCCCCUGUUUCCCAAACCACAUUCUUCAACUACGACCAGCUUAGCUACGGCGGCAAAGGAAAUUUCAGGCCAUCCACCCAUAUGUUCGAGCAGAACGGGCAGAAUGUUGCGGAUGCCACUUCUCAGAACUCUGUCUGUCAGACAGCUCAAUUCAAGCAUUCUCACUUCAAUCGUACCCACUUUNUGAACCCCGAUUUCCACCCCGAUGAGUGGGAUCCAAGCAAGGAAUACACCGUACCCAAUCCUCGCAGCAAGAGCAAGUCAAGCCGU